UUUAAACAGAUUUCUCAAGCUUAUGAAGUUCUUGCUGAUUCCAAAAAAAGGGAAUUAUAUGAUAAAGGAGGAGAACAGGCCAUUAAAGAGGGCGGAGCAGGUGGUGGUUUUGGCUCACCCAUGGAUAUCUUUGACAUGUUCUUUGGAGGAGGAGGGAGGAUGCAAAGAGAACGGAGAGGUAAAAAUGUUGUGCAUCAGCUCUCAGUGACCUUAGAAGACUUGUAUAAUGGCGCAACAAGAAAAUUAGCUCUGCAAAAGAAUGUGAUUUGUGACAAAUGUGAAGGCCGAGGUGGUAAGAAAGGAGCAGUUGAGUGCUGUCCCAACUGUCGGGGGACCGGCAUGCAAAUCAGGAUUCAUCAGAUCGGACCAGGAAUGGCACAAAUUCAGUCAGUGUGCAUGGAAUGCCAGGGUCAUGGAGAACGCAUCAGUCCUAAAGACAGAUGUAAAAGUUGCAAUGGAAGAAAGAUAGUUCGAGAGAAGAAGAUUUUAGAAGUUCAUAUUGAUAAAGGCAUGAAAGAUGGUCAGAAGAUAACAUUCCAUGGUGAAGGAGACCAAGAACCAGGACUGGAACCAGGAGAUAUUAUCAUUGUGUUAGACCAGAAGGACCAUGCUGUUUUUACACGACGAGGAGAAGAUCUUUUCAUGUGUAUGGACAUACAGCUGGUUGAAGCAUUGUGCGGCUUCCAAAAGCCAAUAUCCACUCUUGACAACCGAACCAUAGUCAUCACUUCUCAUCCAGGUCAGAUUGUCAAGCAUGGAGAUAUAAAAUGUGUGCUAAAUGAAGGUAUGCCAAUAUAUCGUCGGCCAUAUGAAAAGGGACGUCUUAUCAUUGAGUUUAAGGUAAACUUUCCUGAAAAUGGCUUUCUCUCUCCUGAUAAGCUCUCUUUGCUGGAAAAACUCCUUCCUGAAAGGAAGGAAGUGGAAGAGACUGAUGAAAUGGAUCAGGUAGAACUGGUGGACUUUGAUCCAAAUCAGGAAAGACGGCGUCAUUAUAAUGGAGAAGCAUAUGAGGAUGAUGAACAUCACCCCAGAGGUGGUGUUCAGUGUCAGACCUCUUAAUGGGCCAGUUCCUCUUUGUCAUUCUAAAUGCAGUAGUGAAUGUGGGAAGGACUGUAAUCAUAAUAUACUCACUACUUGGCUAUUGUUUUGUUUUAAUAUUCAACUAUAGUAGUGUUUUAAAAGUUAAAUGAAGAAUAAACACAAAUAUAAAAGCUCUGACUUGCCCUGUAUGUAUGAUGACUUCAAUGUGCAAGAUGAAGUUUAAUACUUGUAAAAAAAAAAAAAAAGCUACUUUAAAAAGUUUCCUAGCAUCUGUCAGGCCAUAUCUUGUGUAACUGAUAAUAGCUGUGUACAUUAUUAGACCGACAUGCUAGGUAUGUGUUGUGACCCUUAAUUGUUAAGCUAUGGAAUUAAAAUUCUGUAUUUAAUGGUAAUCAGAAAAAGAAAAUAUUUAGUAAUCACAUGUUGGGUCUGUCUAGUUGUAUGAAGUGGACUAAUUGUAAUGCCUCUGCAAUGUAUUGCCUCAGCCAUUACUAGAAGGUGGCAUAAUACAUAAUUUUGCCUGUUACUAGUGAUAGAAAUGAUACAUUCCUAAAGUUUAUCAAGCUACUGCUUAAGGGCUUGCUCUUCUAGAUUGCAUUCCCUUCUGCUGUGCCAUCUUUUAAAAAGUAUAUAUAUGUAUACAUAUAUACAUAUACACACACAUACACAUAGAAAACAUGGUCCCCUUCUCCUCAAACCAUGAUAAGCCCUUGGGUGGUGACUUCCAAAGCCCAAGUAAUUUACAAAUUAAAAUGAAGAGACCUUGUAUGUGGAGAAGUGAUUUGCAUGUGUAAUCCAAGAAAGGUGUUUCUUAGGUCUGUUACAGGCUUGCUAUUUGACUUAGGUCCCAACGUAACUGCAAUUUAAUGUUGGUAGUAUAGCAAAUUAUGAAUAGCUUUGUUGUAUGUUUUAAAGUCACAUGUUCACAUGCUUAAAUCUGGGUAUCAGAAUUUAAGCAGUUAUUGAAAUGUAUGACUGUCUUCUAAUAUACUGAUUCUAAAGUUUC